AAGCUCGGGCUGAGGAGGAGCCGCUCACAGAUCUGAGGAGCUCUGCACCGGGAAAAGUUUACUUCCAAGUACCACAGACCAACCCAAAGGAGGGAGAACCCGCAGAGAUGGCAACUCAGGCGGAGCAGCUGCCCCACCUGCACCUGGCCGAGCUCACCGCGGCGCAGUUCAUCGACAUCUGGAAACAUUUUGACACAGACGGAAACGGCUACAUAGAGGGGAAGGAGCUGGAGGGCUUCUUCACAGAGCUGGAGACUGCGAGGCGAGGAGCCGGUGUGGAUCCCUCACACGCUUUGUUCAAGGAGAAGUUGAAGGAGUUCAUGGCAAAUUUUGACAAGAACUCUGAUGGUAGAAUUGAGAUGUCUGAGCUGGUCCAGAUUCUGCCGACGGAGGAAAACUUCCUGAUCUGUUUCAGAGAGUUUGUGAGAUCCAGUGCUGAAUUCAUGGAUGCUUGGCGGAGAUAUGACACUGAUCGUAGCGGAUACAUCGAGUCCAAUGAGCUCAAGGGUUUCCUGUCGGACCUGCUGAAGAAGGCCAACAGAGACUAUGAUGACAAGAAGCUCAACGAGUACACACAGACAAUCCUAAGGAUGUUUGACCUGAAUGGUGACGGUAAGCUGGGCCUCUCUGAGAUGGCGAGGCUUCUGCCGGUCCAGGAGAACUUCCUGCUCAAAUUUCAGGGCAUCAGACUCACCGUUAAGGAGUUUGACUCUCUCUUCACUUUCUAUGACAAGGACGGUAAUGGCUACAUUGAUGAGCAGGAGCUGGAUGCUCUGCUGAAGGACCUCUGUGACAAGAACAAAAUGGACUUGGACUCAACCGGGCUGGUGGACUACAAAAAGAGCAUCAUGGCUCUGGCUGACGGAGGGAAACUGUACCGCACUGAGAUGGAGAUCGUCCUGUGCCGGGACUCCACGCUGUGACCUGCCUGCCUCCUGCCUCCUGCCUGCCUUCCUGGGACCCUCCUGUCUUCCUGCACUGCUUCCUCCUUCCUACCUCUCAAUGUAGCCUGGUGCAUGUGUGACCAGAAACAGAACGCCUGAAAGCACAGAAAAUACCCGCUGACUUUCUUUUCUUCAUCAAAGUAAAGCUGUUUAUUGAGAUUUAAAUGGCAAGUGAAGAAUCUUGUGUAUUAUGCAUUUGUAUUUUUAACUUAAUCACAUAUGUUCCCUGUAGUUAUAGAGAAGGAACUCUGUUCUGCGGCAUCUCAUUGUUUUGUUUGUUUCAGGUUAUUUUGUUAUAAUGUUCUUGUUUUAUUUCAUGAGGCUGGUACUGUUCUACAGAAAUAUACAAAUGAGAGAAUAAAUAAAUGUAACAUAAAUCCAGAA